AUGCAUCGACAACUAUUACUCUCUGUUCUAAGUCUAAUCUUAUUCGGAAUAAGUACUAGUUGGGCAGCGAAUUGGGCAGUACUUGUAGCUGGCUCUCGUGAUUGGGUGAACUAUCGUCAUCAAGCUGAUGUAUGUCAUGCUUAUCAAAUUCUACAUAGAAAUGGUAUUCCAGAUUCAAAUAUUAUUGUUAUGAUGUACGAUGAUUUAGCUCAUCAUUGGCGAAAUCCGACAAAAGGUAUUGUUAUUAAUCAUCCUAAAGGAGAAGAUGUUUACCAUGGAGUACCUCAUGACUACACUGGCAAAGAUGUAACACCAGCUAAUUUUAUUAAUGUUUUGCUUGGUAAUAAAGAAGCGAUGCGAAAUGUUGGUAGUGGCAAAGUACUUGAAAGUGGCCCCGAUGAUAAUGUUUUUAUCUAUUAUACCGACCACGGUGCUGUUGGUUUAGUUGCAUUCCCAUCUGAUGUGCUCUAUGCUAAAGACUUCAAUCAAACAAUUACUACGAUGUACAAUCAAAAGAAAUAUAAACAAAUGGUUAUUUAUAUUGAAGCUUGUGAAUCUGGUUCAAUGCUUGAAGAUAUUCUAUCCGACAAAAUAAAUGUUUAUGGAACCACAGCAUCAAAUGCUCAAGAAUCAUCAUAUGCUUGUUACCAUGAUUUAUUACGCGGUACAUAUUUAGGUGAUGUUUAUUCAGUUGUUUGGAUGGAAGAUUCCGAUGCUGAACAAAUUGAUAAAGAAACAUUAUAUCAACAAUAUAUAAUAACCCAAAAGAAAACAAAUACCAGUCAUGUUAUGCAAUACGGAGAUCUUAAUUUAGCUAAAUUUCAUAAUGUAAGUGAAUUUCAAAGUGUACAAAAAUCGAAUAUACUCAAAGAUAAUAUUUUUGUGAAUCGGUAUAAUAAUUUACUGAGACAAGAUGCUGUGCGUGCUGAAGAUGUUCGUAUUGAAAUAGUUAAGCAUCGUUUGGCAGUUGCUAAAGAGAAUUCAAUUGAGAAAAAAGAAUUACAAAUUGAACUCGCUCAAUUAUACAAUGAUCGAAACAUAAUUUCCAAUAGUAUGUAUCAAAUAGCUUCAAUAGCAUUGUCAUUAAAUCGUGGAAACUAUUUGGAAAUGAUUAUCCAAAAACGUAUGAAAUUGACCCAACAUGAUUGUUAUAGAUCUGUUACACAACGUAUUCAUAAAAAAUGUUUCGAUCUUCAGAAUGAAUUUGUUCUUAAUAAACUUUAUAUCAUGGCUAACUUGUGUGAAAUAGGUUUACUUGAUUUUACUAUAAAUCAAGCUGUUGAUCAAAUAUUUAGUUAUUUUAAAAUGGAAUCAGAUGUAACACUAACAAACAAUUGGGUUUAUCGUCGAUUUUUUCUUUCGAAUAUUCAUUCAGCUUCUCGUCUAUUUUGUUACAAUACAUCUGAUGGUUUUACGUUUGGACAAAUUAAUCUCAAUAACGAUGAACUUUUAUGCGAAUCAGUGGAUACAAAUCAUUUUGGUUUGCAAAUCGAUCAUUUAUGUUGGCUUUCGAAUACUAUCUAUCGACCAUCUCGAAAACAGAUCAAAGUUGGUUUAACGACUUUACCAACAUUAAAUCGAACUCAAAAAGGUUCAUUGAUUUAUAAGACUGAACAUGAUAGUUCUACUAUACAAAAUUUAAAAUGGCUUGAUGAAACAAUACGUUUAACACCAUCAUCAAUUGAUUAUAAUGAAUCCUCUGAUCAAAUUGCAAUUAGUCAUUUAAAUGGAACAGUCAAAAUUUAUAAUGCAUCUCAAUAUAAUUUAUCUUAUCAAUUGACAUUUGCUAAUUAUGGAGUUCUUCAUCAAUUAAAAUGGAAUCCUAUUGAAUCUAAUCUUCUUCUUCUUGCUUAUCAAAAUCGAUUAAAUAUUUAUGAUUUUGAACAUCAAGCAAUUGGAUUAACAUUAAAUUGUAAUGGAAAAGAACAUUUAGCUGAUUGUACAUGGAAAACAAAUGAUAUUAUUGUUGGUCGACAUCGACAACAAAUACUUAUUUGGGAUAAACGAGCCAGUCGUGAACCCAUUCGAAAUGAAAUAUUAGAUGCAUUUGGACAAUUAGAAAAAUUGAAAUGUAGUUUAGCAUCACCUAAUCAUUUAAUUUCAGUUUAUGAUACACGUCUGGCAAAAAUAAAAAUUUAUGAUUUUCGUUUUUUAACUAUGAGACAAGUUGAAUCCUUCGAUAAUAUCUCAUCAUCAUUUCUUGAUUAUCAUUGGACAAUAGAUAAAAUGGCAAUUGUUAUUGGAACACAUCAAGGUUUAUUACAUUGGAUUGAUGUUGAUAUACCAUUAAAUUCGAAAAUAUUAAAUAAUAAACAAUAA